AUGUCUGAGAAACCCGCUCUCGCCGCUAUUGUCAGCGGAGGCGAUAUCAACGAUCUCAAUAAUGAUGCAGUCGACUUGCAAGCUGUUGCUUCUCACACCUUCUCUCUUAAUGAAGUUGCCGGAGACUUCACCAACGACCAAAAACACUACAUUUUGAGCCGUUUGGGUUACGACGACUUGACGUCUUUCGACGACUUGCCUGUCACUGCAACUUACAUGUUGGAGAAAAUCAACGCUCUUGAUGUCAACGAAGCCGUGGAAAUUCUCAAGCAGUAUCUUGAAGAUCACUACGGUGACGUCAACAUUCCAAACAGUGCCUACGAUCUUGCCGAGCGUUUGGUUAACUCUACUUCUGCCCAAGAGGUCAGCAGCCUGUCCAAAAUCGACGAAACCAUCGAGAAAACAGAGUACAACGUCGACAGCGCUGUGGUGCAAGACAGCUCGUCAUCUUUGGAAUUUCAGAAAUUCGAGGGAAUUGAUUGGGCUUUGCAAGUCAAGACAGAGGCAGGUAUCAUCAACUUCUGGUCGCCUUACCCCGAAGUUAGAUCUGUGACCAACCCAUACGAUGAUCCUAAUACACCAUGUGAAACUUUACGUGCUUAUAUUGUCGGUAUCAUCUGGACUGCGGUUGGCUCUUUUAUCAAUCAAUAUUUCUACGACAGACAACCUUCCAUUACUUUCGACUCAUCCGUCGCCCAACUUUUCAUUUAUCCAACUGGUAUGGCUAUGCAAUACAUUUUGCCAGCAAAGUCUAUCAAGUUCGGUAAAUUCUCGGUUGACUUGAACCCAGGCCCUUGGAAUUAUAAGGAGCAAUUGUUAGCUACACUUUUCUUCUCUGUUUCAAGUGCUACGAUUUAUGUCAACUCAAACAUCACAGUGCAAAAAUUGAGCUUCUGGUACGACACUAAAUGGAUGAAUUUCGGAUAUCAAGUAUUGUUGGCUCUUUCCACUCAAUUUAUGGGUUUCGGUUUUGCUGGUAUCAUGAGGAAAUUUUUGGUUUACCCUGUCAACGCUAUUUGGCCAAGUAUUAUGCCUACAUUGGCGUUGAACAAUGCUUUGAUGCAACCAGAAAAGAAAGCCAACAUCAAUGGCUGGACCAUUUCAAGAUACAGCUUUUAUUUCAUCACCUGUGCGGCCUCUUUCCUCUACUUCUGGAUCCCUGACUACCUUUUCCAAGCUUUGUCUACGUUCAACUGGAUGACUUGGAUCAAGCCCGACAACUUUAACUUGGCUGCUAUUACUGGUUCUGUCAGCGGUAUGGGGUUGAAUCCAAUCACCACUUUCGAUUGGAACAUCAUCAACUACAACUAUCCUUUGACUAUCCCUUUCUUUUCUCAAGCCAACCAAUACAUUGGGUCUAUCAUUGCUUUCUUCUGCAUCAUUGGCGUGUGGUACUCCAACUACAAGUGGACUGGAUACUUGCCACUCAACAGUAACUCUUUGUUCAGCAACACUGGUGAUUCAUACGACAUUAGUCAAGUCUUGAACGAAAAGAAAAACUUUGACAAUGAGAAGUACCAAACGUACGGCCCACCUUUUUACACCGCGGCCAACUUGGUUGUUUACGGUGCAUUUUUUGCCAUCUAUCCAUUCACAAUUGUCUAUGUUGCGAUCACGAAUUUUGCACAACUUAAACAUUCUGCAAGAACAUUCAAAAGAGUUUUUACUAAUCUCAAAGCAUCUACUUUCGAAGGUUUCAAUGAUCCUUUCUCAAGAUCUAUGCGCAAGUACAAAGAAGUUCCUGAAUGGUGGUUUGCAAUUAUUCUUGUUAUAAGUAUUGUUCUUGCAAUUCUCUGUGUGAAGGUUUACCCAGCUGACACUCCAGUGUGGGGUAUCUUCUUUGCUCUUGCGAUCAACUUUAUUUUCUUGAUCCCAUUGAGUCUUGUGUACGCUACUACUGGUUUCUCUUUUGGUCUUAACGUCUUGGUUGAAUUGAUUGUUGGUUAUGCUAUUCCAGGUAACGGUCUCGCAUUGAAUUUCAUCAAAGCUUUGGGUUACAACAUUGAUGGUCAAGCACAGAACUAUGUUUCUGACCAGAAGAUGGCUCAUUACAUGAGAAUCCCUCCUAGAUCGUUAUUCAGAGUCCAAAUGACUUCUGUCUUACUUGCCACAUUUGUCAACUUGGGAACUUUGAACUUAGCUUUCAGCACCAUUAAAGGUUACUGUACACCAGACCAACCCCAGAAAUUCUCUUGUCCACAAUCGACCACUUUCUUCUCGGCCUCUGUAUUGUGGGGUGUCAUUGGUCCAAAGAAGGUUUUCAACGGUCUUUAUCCAAUCUUGCAAUGGUGUUUCUUGAUUGGUUUCUUGCUCGCUUUCCCAUGUGCUCUUGUCAAGAUCUACUGGAGAAACAACAAGUAUGUCAAGUUCUUCCAACCAGUUUUGAUCAUUGGUGGUUUCUUGAUUUACGCUCCAUAUAACUUGAGUUACUACACUCCUGCUCUUAUAACCAGUUUCUUCUUUAUGCAUGUCAUCAGAAAGAGAUACUUCUCCUGGUGGUCCAAAUACACUUAUGUCCUUGGUGGAGGUUUGCAAGCCGGUGUUGCCUUUAGUGCUAUCAUCAUCUUCUUUGCCGUGCAAUACCACGAGAAGGAUGUUAACUGGUGGGGUAACACGGUACUGUACGCUGGUUUGGAUUAUGUUGGCCCAGCUAGAUUGAAUGCCACAAUCUCUGCACCAGAUGGUUACUUCGGACCAAGAUAUGGUGACUUGCCAUAA